AUGGGUGCUUAUAGGAUUAGGGAAUUCUUGAGGAUGAACCAUCCGGAGUUUAGUGGCUCCAAGGUGGAGGAGGAUCCAAAUGGGUUCAUAGAUGAGGUGUAUAAGACACUUGCUAUCAUGGGGGUAACUUCUAGAGAGAAAGCGGAGCUAGCCGCUUACCAAUUAAAAGAUUUUACCCAAAUUUGGUAUGAACAAUGUAAAGAUGCUAGGCCGGUAGAGGCGGGCCCUAUAGAGUGGGAAACUUUUAAGUUGGCAUUUCUAGAUAGGUUCUUUCCUUGGGAGUUGAGGGAGGCUAAGUUGGAGGAGUUCAUAAAUCUUAAGCAAGGCAAUAUGAGUGUCAAUGAGUAUUCCUUGAGGUUCACUCUUUUGUCUAAGUAUGCUCCAUCUUUGGUAGCAAGUCCAAGGGAUUUGAUGAAUAGGUUCAUGACGGGGGUGUCCGAUUUGAUUGCCCCCAAACCAUUCGUUCACGAAUUUCAACAUAUUGAUGGAUCAUUCUCAAGGAUGGAGGUUCAUAGGCUUGGGAAAUGCGCUUUAAAGGAGCUCCCAGCUGAGCAACACCCUGUGUGGAUGAUAGCUCUAAGCGUGGGAGGUCCAACGAGGCAAGGAAGAGCAAAGAGAAGUGUUGCUCCAUUCGGCGAAGUGCCAGCCGCUUUGGCAACUCGCCGAACCCCUUUGGCGAAGAUUCCAGGAUUGCCGACUGAUCCAAUGAGCUGCAGAGAAAGGCUGCCUAUUCGGUGA